UAGCUUUAUCUAUUUGAACCAAACGUAUGGAAACAAAUUCUACAUACUCACACCGAUCAUCCAAUAAAUUUAGUGAAAGUUGAGAGAAUAAUGUUUAAUAAUCGGCAGUCUCGCCGGAGAUUUCGGCUCGGAAACUUAGCUAGACUUGUCCAGUUACGUCAAAACGUCAGCCACCAACCACCGCCACCACGAAUGACUCUUCAAGAAACAUUGUCUCAAUCGCCACCACAGUCACCUCCGAUACCUUCAACAUCAACAGUUCCUUUUAUCGAAUCCCGUCAAAACAGCGGCGGCUCUCCACCACAAGCAAAGUCAUCAACAUUGUCGCCAUUAUCGCCAAAAUCAAAGGAAGAGCCUCACUCGCAGCCAAUGCCACCACUCAUGUCAAAACAUGUCGAAACACAUCGGAGUCUACUUAUCCACUCACCACCUACCUCACCGCUAAUACCGCCACUGAUGUCAAAACAUGUCAAAACACAUCGAAAUCUACUAAUCGAAUCACCACCUAACUCGCCACAAGAAUCCACUGAAUCUCUAGCCUUGGUGCCUCCUACACCAACAACACCACCACAAGCGAAAACGCCAUUGUCCCCUCCGUCAACGCUAAAGCCUACCGAAGAAUCUCAGUCUCAACGGUCUCCUCGAUCAUCUCCAGCGCAAGCAUCACCACCAUCAUUGUCAGAACCAGAAUCUCAGAUGUCUUUACCACCACCCGAAGCCAAAGCCCCACCUUCUUCGCCUUUAAUGCUUGACGCUAAUGAAGAAUUCAAUUCCAAAACAUCUCCACUGUCUACUCCACCAUCGCCUCCAACAUUAUCAGAAACAUCACAAGCAGCCAUGACUCCUCCACCAUCUUCACCGUCAACGUUAAACGCUGAUGAAGAAUUCCAAUCCCAACCGUCUCCACUCCCGUCUAAGCGCACUGAUGAAAAUAUUUCCCAAUCACAGUCAAUUUCGCCGCCACCACCACCGGCAUUAUCAGAAUCUCAUCCGCCUUUACCAGAAGCCAAAACACCACCGUCUUCGCUGUCAACAACAAACACCAACGAAAUUUUUCAAUCAUCGCUUCUACCAUCUAAAUCCAUCAACGAAACCCGGUUCCGAUUAUCGCCUCCGUCGGAAGCAUCGCGACCACCACCGUCCGGGAAAGGUGAUACUCAACCGCCUUCAUCACCAUCAGAAGCCAAAUAUCCACCGUCUCGACCGCCAACGCUAAACGCUGUUGAAAAACCCCAACCGCUUACACCGUCUAAAUCUAUUAAUGAAACACGGUUCCGAUCACCGCUUCCGUCAGAAGCAUCGCCACCGUCAUUAUCAAAAUCUACUGAAUCUCAACCACCUUUACCCUCACCAGAAGCCAAAACAUCACCGCCUCCACCAUCAACGCUAAACGCUAACGAAGAACCCCAAUCCCAACCGCCUCCACUAUCUAGAUCCAUUAAUGAAACAAGGCCUCCAUCACCGCCUCCGUCAUUAUCAGAAUCUGGUAAAUCUCAACCGUUUUUGCCACCACCGGAAACUAUCAAUCUACCGUCCCCGCCGUCAACGCUAAACGCUACAGACAAAUCUCGACCUCCACCGCUUUUGCCGUCUAAAUCCAUCAAUCAGACUAUGUUCCGAUCAUCGCCUCUAUCAGAAGCACCGUCAUCGUCGUUGUCAAAACCCAGUGAAUCUUUACCACCGGAAGCUAACGUUCCAUCGCCGACACUAAACGCUACACAAAAAUCCCAAUCGCAACCGCCUCAACCGCUUUUAUCGUCUAAAUCUUUUAACCAAACUCUCUCCCGGUCAACGCCUCUCUCGGAAGCAAAGUCACCGUCAUUGGCAAACUCCGGUGAAUCUCAACAACUACCAGAAGUCAAAACUCCACCGUCAAUGCCAAAAGUCAAUAGAGAGUUCCAAUCCCAACCGUCUCCACCGCCUCUGCCGUCUAAAUCUGUUGCUGAAACUCAACUCCGAUCAUCGCCACCACCGUCGUUAUUAAAACCUGGUGAACCUCAACCGCCUUUUCAUUCGGCAGAAACGAAAACCCCACUGUCUCCGUCUUCAACGCUAAAAAACGCUAUUCAAGAAUCUCAAUCCAAACCGCCUCCACCGCUUCUGCCAUCUAAAUCUAUUGAUGAAACUCGGUUCCAAUCACACACAUUGCCGCCACCAUCAUUAUCUGAUUCUGUUGAAUCUCAAUCGUCUUUACCACCACCAGAAGCCAAAAUCCCACCGUCUUUGCCGUCAACACUAAACGAUACUAAAAAAUCACAACACCAGUUGCCUCCACCGUUUCUGCCAUCUAAAUCAAUUGAUGGUACUCGAUCCCAAUCACCACCACCAUCAAAAUAUACUGAAAACCCUAAUUCAACACCGACACCAUUGUUGUCCUCGAAAGCUGCUGAAAACCUCAGAUCUCAAUCACCUAUGCUAAUGCUACCACCAUCGCAAAUGAAAACACCAAUUCCCUCUCCUUCCAUUUCUCCAGCCACGAUCACCGCACAGCCGCCUAAACCAGCGUUGCCCCAAACUGAACCUAAGCCAGUUGAAUCUCACACUUCGCCAGAUCAUAACAAGGAUCUAAAUCACAAUCCAGAGAAACAAGACGCCAAGCUCAUGACGAAGGUUCCAACUUGGAAUGAAGAACCGGAUACAGGGAAUAUCACCGGAAAAAUAAACAAUAAAAACAGGGAAAAAGCAAUUUGUUCAGAGAAAAAAACAGAGCCAAUGAUUAUGAUGUUCAUUAACAGUAACGUCCAAGGACUCAACACGUCUCUAUCGCUUGAUUCAUCAUCCAUCGAUCAUGAACCAGGCGUCCACUUAACCAUAGAUUCUGGUCAUAGUUGUGAUUUCUCUUCAAAAGUGUUUUAGUGUUGUGACUUGUCUCACACGUAUGUAUAUGCAAAUCUAUAUAUGAUAUCAUCAUGAGUUAUGUAACAAAAAUUUGGCGCCAUUACAAAAUGGGCCUUUUGGUUAAUAUACAGAUUCGGCCCACUGAA